AUGUCGUUCCAAGACAAAGCCCAACACCAAAUCUCUCAGAUCGAUAAGGAGCUUAGCAAGUAUCCCGCCCUCAACAAUUUCGAGAGACAGACCAACGUCCCCAAGGUCUACGUCUUCCUCGGCCUCGUUGGUCUCUACUUCUUCCUCGUCUUCUUCAAUAUCGGAGGCGAAUUUCUUGUCAACUUUGCCGGCUUCAUCAUCCCCGGAUACUACUCUCUCGAGGCGUUGUUCAGCAAUAACAAGGUUGAUGACACUCAAUGGUUGACGUACUGGGUUGUCUACGCCUUCCUCACCGUCUUUGAGAGCAUCAUCAACGCUGUCUACUGGUUCCCAUUCUACUACGUCUUCAAGUUCAUCCUGAUCUUGUGGAUGGCGCUGCCCGUGACCAACGGCGCUCAGAUUGUCUUCCGAUCCGUCCUCCACCCAAUCUUCUCGCGCUUCUUCCAAGGCCAAGGCACCACUUCCGGCGAUGUCCGCAACAAGGCCGACGCCGCUUUGAAAAGCCAGUAA